UAAAUGAGGUGGGAGCCAAAAAGAAAUUGCAAAGCGGAAGAAAAACCACGCAUUUUAUGAAAUUAAUUUGUGAAAAUUAGAAAAAAGGUUCUCAGAAUCCAGCCGCAACCCACGAAAACACGAUGAGUGAGGGUGUUGAUUCUGAUGAGUCUCUUUACGCAGCCUUGCAGCAGCAUUUUGGCCACAGUAGCUUUAAAUCGGAUUUGCAGAAGAAUGCCAUAAAGUGUGCCGUGGAAAAAAAACGCGAUAUUUUUGUGUCCAUGCCCACCGGCUCGGGCAAAUCGCUUUGCUACCAGCUGCCAGGUGUGUUGUGCGAGAAUCAGAUAACUAUAGUGUUCUCCCCGCUGCUGGCACUCAUCAAAGAUCAAAUUGAUCAUUUGGCUAAGCUAAAGAUACGCGCUGACUCGUUGAACUCGAAAAUGUCGGCAAAAGAACGUGAUGCCGUCAUUACCGACCUGAAAGCCUUACGGCCCAGCAUACGGUUUCUGUACAUUACACCAGAGCAGGCGGCCACACUUUUUUUUCAGGACCUAUUGCAAUCGUUGGUGAAGUUCGAUAAGAUCGCCUAUUUUGCCGUUGAUGAGGCGCAUUGUGUAUCACAGUGGGGUCAUGAUUUUCGACCGGACUAUCUCAAACUUUGUACCUUGCGACGCAAGUACCCCAAUAUCGUUUGGAUGGCGUUGACUGCAACCGCUUCGCGGCAAGUACGCGAAGAUAUUUUCCAACAUUUAGCUCUCAAGCAGCCCGUUGCCAAAUUCACUACGCCAAGUUUUCGGAACAAUCUCUUUUAUGAUAUAGUUUUUAAAAAUUCCAUAGAGGAUGAUUUCCAGCAUUUAGCUGCAUUUGCAUUGCAUUGCUUCGGCGAUGUUGAUGAGUUCAAAAGUGUGCCUGCGUCGAAACGUGGCUGCGGCAUCGUUUACUGUCGUACGCGAGAGACCGUCGAACGUGUAGCGUACGGAAUAUCGAAGCAAGGCGUCGGUGCUGUAGCAUAUCAUGCUGGCCUGAAGGCAGGCGAGCGCAUACAGGUGCAAGAGCAGUGGAUGAAUGGAGAGUAUCCCGUGAUAUGCGCAACCAAUAGUUUUGGCAUGGGUGUGGACAAGCCUUCAGUGCGUUUCGUAGUGCACUGGGAUGUGCCACAAAAUGUGGCUGCGUAUUAUCAGGAGUCAGGACGCGCUGGGCGCGAUGGACUACAAUCCUUUUGUCGGCUCUAUUAUGGAAGAGAAGAUGUGAAGUCAAUACAAUUUCUUUUACAAAAUGAUGUCAACCGUUCGCGAAGCUCAACUUGCUCUGGAAAGCAGGAAAAAGCGGAUCGUGCAGUAAAGAAUUUUGAAGAGAUUGUCAGCUUCUGUGAGAGCAUACGCUGUCGUCACAGGCUAUUCUCUGAUUAUUUUGGCGAUCCACCUCCAGAAUGCAAUAAUCAAUGCGAUGUGUGCAAAAACCCAAAGAAAAUUGAAAAGGCAUUGGAAAUGUUCCACAAGCUCUGUAUGGAUGGGCGUUUCAAGUCUGACGUAUCACUUGAAGAUAGCGCAGAUUUGUAUGAAGGUGGUCGAGCUGCUGCGAAAAGGCUUAAGGACGAUUACGGCGGUAACGACUCCGACGAAGGAUCAAGUGAAAGCCAUGAACAAAUGUCAAAGAAGGCCAAGCGUGAGACAGAAGAUUUCAUACGAAAACAAUUUCAACUACGCAAGCAACUGAGUGCUGCACGCGAUUUGGAAAAGGAGGGAAAUUCCCAGAUAACACGCGUCAAGAAUGCACCUUCUAGCGAAGUGAAGGUUUCCGGGCUCACGACAACCAUACGUGAGAGUUAUUUAAGUUCACUUGUUAGUGUACUUAAAUUGAAUGUCGAACAGUGCAAAGAGGAUGAUCCGCGGCGAGAUCUUCGUCAUCGUGAUUUUGAAGCCAUUGCCAUAGACAUCGAGUAUGAUUGCUUUUCAAAGGUGAAGGUGGUCAGCCUGUAUCGGCAUUCGUUGGCCAAAGAGCUUGCUGCCAUACGCCAACAGACGAACAAAGAGUUACUCAUGCCUAUUCUCAGAAACUAUGUUGCACGCCCUGAAACCAGUCAACAAAGCGUUUGGACGGGAGGCAGCGUUGAGUAUUUCGAAAGAAAGUUGAAGAAGUUGGAAGACUCUCGGCCAUCAUCACCUAAUACAAUCGCCGGUGGGAAUUCCUCGAAGGAUCUACCAAAAGCAUUGCGUCACAAGAAGAGUUAUAAGCAGGACACCGCUAAACAGACCACCAUUGGCAGCUUUUUCGAAAAAAGUAAAGGAAUUAAAAGCGAAGAAGCCGACUGUUCGCCUGUAAGCAGCAGCGGUGACAGCCAAGUUAUGGAAACCAAUGAAAACGGUAAUGUUAUAAAGACAGAAAUCGCAGAGUUGGCUGAUAUUGAGCAAAAGGAAUGUGAAGAACCAAAGGAGGUUAAGAAUUCUGAAGCUUUAACAGCAGAACCCAUAAAGGAUGAUAACUCUUUCGGAGAGGAUAAAAACGAGACCAUACGAAAUGAAUCUUCAAACUUAAAAAUAGAUGACGAUCUUGAAGAUAUAAGUGACAAAGACAUAAACUCAAAUGAAUAUAAAAUGAGUGAAGAUGAAGAAGUGCACGACCCAGAUGAGGACAAGAAGGUCAUUUCCGAUGUGCAUGUCACCCAACAACAACAACCUUCUACGAACAAAAUAGAUAACUUGUUUGGCAACGAAGAUUGGGAUGAUCCGGUAGAGGAGCUGGUGGAAAGUUCCAUCAAGUAUACAGCCAAAAAAGAAGAUGGAAAAAUAAAGACAUUAUUCGGGGAAGAAUCGGAUAUAUCGACGGCAAAUAAAUCCGACAGCUCCACCAGAGGUGGCCCGCGUAACGACGAUGAAGAUGAUUAUUUCGACAUGCUGUCCCAUCACAAACGGAAGCACAGAAUGUCACACUACACCAAAUCGAAGGAGAAAUCGCCUUUGCACAGUUACAAGUCAUCAGUGAGCUAUGACGCUUACUAUCAAUCAGCUUCAUCCAGCUCAAUCUCACACCAUCACAAAGCCUCAACUAGUUCUAAUCUAACAUCGCAUCAAUACAAAUCGGAUUCAUCCUCCACCAGCUCAUCGUCACGUCGCAAACACAAACAUAAGCAUCACUCAAAGCACAAGCACAAGGGUGACGAUUUGGAUGAGCUGGAUAUGUACGAGAGUUCCUCCUCGGCUACAAAGUGUAAGUACAAGGACGCCUUCGUGGACUCGGUCAAAUACGAAAAAUCAGUGAAGGAAAAACUUAAGGCACUGCGCGCUGAAUGGCAGGAGUUUGAGGGCGAAUCUGAUAGGAAAUUAGAGGACUCUGAGGAUUCAUUGGAUGAAUUGGAGCAACUCGCAUUGAGCAAGAAGAAAAUUGAAGAGGAAUUGAAAGCUUUGGAAGAGCUUGAAAGAGCCGCCGCGGAAUCUGAGAAAUCGGCUGCCCUGAAAAAGGCUUCAAAGAAUGAUGAGCAAACAGCAACGAAUGCAGACGGAAACUUGAAUGAAAAGGAGAUGCCCAAAAACAUAACUGGAUCAGGUCUAAGAGCUGAAGAUGUGGCAAGACAAUCGGAUUGGUAUGCAGCGAAGCGCAAAAGGGAGCAAGCCGCACUCGCAGAAAAUGAUAUGAAUGGCAGUAAAUCUAAAUUUGCUUUGCCGAAGAGUGGAAGGAGCGGCGAAAAUUCCAACUCCAGUGAACUAAUGGUAAAAUUUGGUGAAUAUAGGAAACCGGUGCUUCGCCCAGAUCAAAAUUCAAGGCACCUAUCGCAUGAUAGGCAGGCUCGCCUUAAUGCUGCCAAACAUAAAGCGGAUGUGAGCAAAUCAGUAGUGGACUUACUGAAUCCUUAUUAUAAGAAGAAGAUCACCACGAAAGAUCUCUUCAAAACAUUAGCCAAAAGGAUAACAAAUCGUGUUUGUGAAGGCAAAUUGGAGUCGUCACAUUGCAAGUCUUACAUACGCGAUACAUUUCUCACAAUCAAUGAGAUUGCUACGGAAGCUGACAUAGAUAAAUACUUUCCACUUUCUUAAACAAAUGGCUGGUACAAACCUAAGCAAUUGCACGUUCAGAUUGUGGACCAAUACCUUUCAUGAAAAUCAUUCAAUCGCGUGGUGAGCAUAUGUGGAAAUAAUUUGAAUUUUAAAACCUUGGUGGAUAUACAUAUAUUUAUAAGCAUUAAAGCUUAAGUUGAGAUUCCGUAUUAUAAUAUUGCAAGACAACGUACGAUUAAAUUUUCUUGUAAAAACAUAAGGCAUUCAAAAGAAAAGAAUGAAUUGAUCUUAUUUUUCGCUAACAAUUUGGGCGCACUGAUGCAUGGUUGCAAAUGUAUUGUCCAAAACAAAUAACAUUUGAAUUGUGUUAUUCUCGCAAAAAUGAUAAGUAGCAAUAAUUUUCACGAAAGGUACAUAUAUUUAAUUUAAGCUCCCAGAAUUCUAUGAAUACGUUAUUUUAUUGAAAAAAAAAAAUAUUAACUUAAGUUGCGUUAUUUCUAACAAAUGGGUUUAAUGGCUCCGUAAGGAUAUCAAUUACUCAACUUCUGUGGCCAAUUAUAAAUGGUAGUAAUUAAAGUUAAUUCUCUGCUGGCUGUAAGUGGCUUCUGUUUCCUAUAUUCGCUUGUUUACAUAGACAUUACUUUUGAAACAUAUAAAUGUAGUAGUAUUUAAAGGAGUGCAUGCGUACAUAUGUAUACAUUUAAUUAAUAUAAAUCAUACAUAUGCAAUUACAUAUAAAUAUCAAUAUGUAAAUAUUAAAGUGUAGAAUGUCAUAAUAUACUGAUUAAAAUAUG